AGUCACCUUCCAAUCAGCGCCCAGCGGGAACGGGACCCGCAGAAGUGGUAGAGGUGCAGCCUAUCACCGGCGAGUCGCUCAACUGACCUCCCGGCGGGGACAGCACAAGUAGACGCAAUCCAAUCAGAGCCCGGCAGGGGCGGGACCCGGAGGGUUGCUCCCAGCCGCUUUCCAAUGGUCUCCCAGCGGGGGCGGGCCUGGGAUUGGGGGCGCGGCCUGCCCGGCGCCGCAGGAGCAAGAGCGGGGCCGGCGCGCGGAGGGGCCGUACGCUGCGCAUCGGAGGGAUGUGGGCGCGCUACUGGGGCCCAGCCGUGGCCGCGCUGCAGCUGCUGCCCCGCCGCUUCCUGGCCGUUUGGGCCCCCCGCCGCCUGCGGCCCAGCCCGGGCCCGCCCGCCGCCUCGAGGGCCAGGGCCCGACGCGACCUAACGCCCGGGCUGUGGCGCCGCGGUCAGGGCCGCCCCGGACACGGCGCCCGCCGCCUGCUGGCCGCGCUGGCUGGCGUUUUCGUGUGGGAGGAGCGGCGGAUCCAGGAGGAGGAGCUGCGGAGGUCCGCAGAGGAGAUGAAGCGCACGCGGGAGAUGGUCAGCUUCUUCCCAAGUGGCAGCGAGGAGCGGCCAGAGCCUGUAAUGCCAGCAUGCAGUGAGCCCACCUGGGAGCUGGUGAUGGACAAGAAGCACUUCAAGCUGUGGCGACGGCCAAUUGAAGGGAACCACCUCUAUCAGUACAGAGUUUUUGGGACCUACACAGAUGUGACCCCCAGACAGUUCUUCAAUGUACAGCUGGACACCGAGUACCGAAAGAAAUGGGAUUCUCUAGUCAUCAAACUGGAUGUGAUAGAGCGAGAUGUGACCACUGGCUCGGAAGUGGUCCACUGGGUAACCCACUUCCCGUACCCCAUGUACUCACGGGACUAUGUCUAUGUCCGGCGGUACAAUGUUGACAAGGAAAAUAAUCUGAUGGUGCUGGUAUCACGGGCAGUGGAGCACCCCAGUAUCCCAGAGGAUCCCAAGUAUGUCCGUGUCCAGACUUAUGAGUCACAGAUGGUCAUCCGCCCGCACAAGACCUUUGAUGAGAAUGGUUUUGAUUACCUGCUGACAUACAGCGACAACCCCCAGACCAUGUUCCCCCGCUACUGUGUCAGCUGGAUGGUCUCCAGUGGCAUGCCCGACUUCCUGGAGAAGCUACAUGCAGCCACCCUCAAAGCCAAGAGGAUGGAGAUUGAGGUGCGGGACUACAUCUCUGCCAGGCCGGCUGAGAGCAGCGGCAGUGAGAGCAAGGCCAGCCUGCCCAAUGCAGAGCACAAGCCUGAGGGUACACGCAGUCCUGCACAGCUGGGCUACGCCUGAGGGCUGGCCCAGAUCCAGCCAGCUGGGAAACUGGGGGUGUGAGACUCUUCCCCCUCUUGUCUCUGGACCCUUCCUCAUUCCCCAUCUGGAGACAGGAGUUUGCAUCUUGCCCCCGGCCAUGUGUUUUCCUGGCCUGUGAACUGUAGCAUCUGCAUACUCCCUCUCUGUGCUCAUAGGCACUGCCCUCGUGAAGCAUCUCCUCUGUACAGAAUGAACAGUUUUGCCCUCCCACCUGCUUCUCUCCCCUCCAAGCUGGCUGGGGCCAGAAAGCCACCUCAGCUCUGCAGCACUGGGCUCUUCAGACUCGAGCAGUGUCUAUUGGCAGGACUAGCGCCCCAGCCCAGAUUGUACUAUAGGCUCUAUGUGGGGUACUACAGCCAUCCCCCGUGUUGCCCCGCUGCUACCCAAGUGCCUUUCCCCAUGGCUCGUUCUGGGGGUAGGGGGCUGAAGUGGGAAGCCCAGCAUGAAGCCAGAGCACGACACUCCCCUGGAUUGGAGGGAAGUCAGCACUGCUUCCCUGCCCACUGGGCUGGUUAUGUUUCUACCUCUUGAGGCUGCCUGCCUGCUUGGGAGCCUGGGCUGGAGAUCUAGGCCCUGCUGUAUAGAUACUAGAGUUGUCUUAGUAUGUCGGAGGGGUAUUUUUCAGGAGUGGGCAUCUGCUGUCAUCUGUGAGCCUCUCUGCCCUCAGCUACUGAGAAGCCAGCACCUGCUGCCACAGCCCAGCCAGCCACGUGUACCUUAGAAGCAAUGGGAUCCCCAGCUGCCUGCCCCAGGCUGGGUGGAUGGGGGGGCAGUCUCCUGUUCUGCUUAUCUGGGUCAGUGGGCUUAUCUGGAAUGGGACAGCGGCUCAGUCCUGGUGCCUGUUUGGGGAUGGGGCUGGACCAGGCAGUUUCAACGUGGAUCAACCUUGAUGAAUAAAUAAACUGUUACAGUAA